AUGCAAGACGACAGCCUAGAAGCUUCUACUUCCAUAUCUCAGCUUCUGAGAGAAAGCUAUUUGGCUGAAACUAGGCAUCGGGGAAACAAUGAGAGGAGUCGAGCAGAGCCUUCCUCCAACCCUUUCCAUUUUGGGGGUUCUUCUGGAGCUGCUGAAGGUGGAGGAGGCCAAGAUGACCUUCCAGAUCUUUCAGCCUUUCUGAGCCAAGAAGAAUUAGAUGAAAGUGUCAAUCUGGCAAGAUUGGCAAUCAAUUAUGACCCCCUGGAGAAAGCAGAUGAAGCUCAAGCUAGAAAACGUUUUUCUUCUGAUCAGACAAAACACUCAUCUAUAUCAAGUUUUGACCCUAACUUCUGCCAGGAUAACUCUCGAAGCCCUACCAACUCUAAAGAGAGCCUCCAGGAGGCAAAAAGGCCACAGUACAGUUCUGAAGCCCAGUCCAAAAAAGUAUUCUUAAAUAAGGCUGCCGAUUUCAUUGAAGAGCUCUCAUCCCUGUUCAAAGCCCAUAGCUCGAAAAGGAUUAGACCUCGUGCCUGCAAAAACCACAAGAGUAAACUGGAAUCGCAAAACCAAGUUAUACAGGAAAACAGCUCCAGUUUCCCAGAUCUAUCAGAAAGAAGAGAAAGAUCUUCGGUUCCCAUACCUAUCCCUGCAGAUACCAGGGAUAAUGAAGUGAACCAUGCACUGGAACAGCAGGAAGCUAAGAGGCGUGAAGCUGAGCAGGCUGCUGGUGAGGCGGCCAGCGGAGACAACACCCCAGGGUCCUCUCCUUCUUCUUUGUACUAUGAAGAACCUCUGGGGCAACCUCCGCGGUUCACACAAAAGUUACGGAGCAGAGAAGUUCCAGAGGGAAGCAGAGUACAGUUGGAUUGCAUAGUGGUAGGAAUCCCACCGCCUCAAGUAAGGUGGUACUGUGAAGGCAAGGAGCUUGAAAAUUCCCCAGACAUUCACAUCAUCCAGGCAGGAAAUCUGCAUUCACUGACCAUUGCUGAAGCCUUUGAAGAGGACACUGGACGUUAUUCCUGCUUUGCUUCUAACAUCUAUGGGACAGAUUCAACUUCUGCUGAGAUUUACAUAGAAGGGGUUUCUUCUUCAGACUCAGAAGGGGACCCUAACAAGGACGAAAUGAAUCGAAUCCAGAAGCCAAAUGACGUGUCGUCGCCUCCCACUACUUCUGAAGCCAUUCCUUCAGCAGUAUCCCAAACCCAGCAUGUGGUGGCCCAGCCCAGGGUAUCAACCAUCCAGCAGUGUCAGAGCCCUACAAACUAUCUGCAAGGAUUGGAUGGAAAACCUAUCAUUGCAGCUCCUGUGUUUACAAAGAUGUUACAAAAUUUAUCAGCCUCUGAGGGUCAGCUAGUUGUCUUUGAAUGCAGAGUAAAAGGAGCCCCAUCUCCUAAAGUUGAGUGGUAUAGAGAAGGGACCUUGAUAGAAGAUUCUCCAGAUUUUAGAAUUUUACAGAAAAAACCUCGAUCCAUGGCAGAGCCAGAGGAGAUCUGUACUUUGGUCAUUGCCGAGGUAUUUGCAGAAGACUCUGGGUGCUUCACGUGUACUGCGAGCAAUAAAUACGGCACAGUGUCAAGCAUUGCACAGCUAGAUGUGAGAGGAAAUGAGGAUCUCAGAAACAAUGGGUCUCUUCACUCAGCCAACUCCACCACCAACCUGUCUCUUAUUGAGCAACAGCCAUCCCCACCCAACCCAGAGCCUCCUGUGGAACAACCCCCUAAACCCAAACUAGAAGGUGUGCUGGUGAACCACAACGAGCCCCGGUCCAGCUCAAGGAUCGGGCUCCGCGUGCACUUCAACCUGCCUGAAGAUGACAAAGGAAGCGAAGAAUCCUCUGAGGGCGGCAUGGUGACCACCCACCAGACCAGGCCAGAUUCCUUCCAGGAGAGAUUCAAUGGACAGUCAGCAAAAAUCUCUGAGCCUUCCUCACCCGUCAAAGAGCCCCCUCCAGUUCUGGCCAAACCCAAACUCGACUCCAGUCAGCUACAACAGCUUCACAACCAAGUUUUACUGGAACAACAGCAGUUGCAAAACCCACCUCCUUCAUCUCCUAAGGAGUUUCCUUUCAACAUGAGUGUUUUGAACUCCACUGCUGUUCCGGCAGUGACAAUGUCCAGCAAGCAGGCGAAGGCCCCUCCAUCACAGACAUUCAGCUUGGCCCGGCCAAAGCACUUCUUCCCCUCUACAAGUACCACUGUGGCCUCCGGGUCCCCUUCCAGCUCUCCAGUGUUCACCCUGAGCAGCACUCCUCAAGCCAUGCAGAGGACAGUGAGCAAAGAAAGCCUCUUGGUUACUCACCCCUCGGCUCAAACCAAAUCUCUAGGAGGGGUCUCCAUCCAGAACGAGCCACUCCCCACUCCAGGUCCAACAGAGCCAGCACAACUGCCACUCACGUUUUCCAUCUCCAGCGGAAACCAAUUUCAGCCCCGCUGUGUGUCCCCAGCUCCUGUCUCUCCCACCAGCCGGAUUCAGAACCCAGUGGCUUUUCUCAGCUCCGUUCUGCCUUCUCUCCCUGCCAUCCCACCCACCAAUGCCAUGGGGCUGCCUAAAAGCGCACCAUCCAUGCCAUCCCAGGGACUAAUGAAGAAAAAUACAAAGUCUUCCCACCCAGUGAAUGAUGAUUACAUCCGUGAAACUAAGAAUGCGGUGAUUCUAGACUUGGGAAAAAAGAUGAAUUUCAGUGAUGUCAGAUCAAAUCAGCAGGAGUACAAAAUUUCAAGCUUUGAGCAGAGGCUGAUGAAUGAAAUAGAGUUUCGCUUGGAACGCACCCCUGUUGAUGAAUCAGACGAUGAAAUCCAACAUGAUGAGAUCCCCACGGGCAAGUGUAUAGCUCCCAUCUUUGACAAAAGACUCAAGCACUUCCGGGUCACUGAAGGCUCUCCAGUGACAUUCACCUGCAAAAUUGUUGGGAUACCUGUCCCAAAGGUUUACUGGUUCAAAGACGGGAAGCAGAUUUCAAAGAGAAAUGAGCACUUCAAAAUGAAGCGAGAAGGAGACGGGACAUGUUCUCUGCACAUUGACUCCACCACCAGUGACGACGACGGCAACUAUACCAUCAUGGCCGCCAACCCCCAGGGGAGAAUCAGUUGUUCUGGCCACUUGAUGGUACAAGGUUUGCCCAUCCGAAGUCGACUAACAGCUGCUGGUCAGUCUCACAGAGGAAGGUCCCGAGUGCAAGAAAGAGACAAAGAGCCCCUACAGGAACGCUUUUUCCGACCACAUUUCCUGCAGGCUCCUGGGGAUAUGGUGGCUCACGAGGGGCGCCUCUGUCGCCUGGACUGUAAGGUGAGUGGCUUACCGCCCCCGGAGCUGACGUGGCUGCUCAAUGGCCAGCCUGUCCUCCCCGACGCCUCCCACAAGAUGCUGGUCAGGGAGACCGGAGUCCACUCUCUGCUCAUUGACCCGCUCACUCAACGCGAUGCGGGGACCUACACCUGCGUCGCUACCAACAAAACUGGGCAGAAUUCCUUUAGCUUGGAGCUCACUGUAGUAGCCAAAGAAGUAAAGAAAGCACCUGUAAUCCUGGAGAAACUGCAGAACAGUGGUGUUCCAGAAGGCCACCCCGUGAGACUGGAGUGCCGGGUGAUAGGCAUGCCUCCACCAGUGUUCUACUGGAAGAAAGACAAUGAGACCAUCCCUUUCACCAGAGAGAGGAUCAGCAUGCACCAGGAUGCAACUGGUUAUGUCUGCCUCCUCAUUCAGCCAGCCAAGAAAUCAGAUGCUGGAUGGUACACACUGUCAGCCAAGAAUGAAGCUGGCAUCGUGUCCUGCACUGCCAGGCUGGAUAUAUACGCUCAGUGGCAUCACCAGAUCCCACCACCCAUGACCGUCCGGCCCAGUGGCAGUCGCUAUGGAUCCCUCACCAGUAAAGGACUUGACAUUUUCUCUGCUUUCUCCUCCAUGGAAAGCACGAUGGUGUAUUCCUGCUCUUCUCGGAGUGUAGUGGAGAGUGACGAACUUUAA